UGCUCCCUGGAUGGCCACUGUGCCAGAGCUCUCCUGGAUAGGGAGUCCCUCACCGGACUCAACCACUGGAGGCAGAGCCCCGCAGGCACUCACCUACCCUUUUCCUGAGCAGAGCAAGGCAGGAGCGGUGGAUGCCAGCGCUCACCCUGGCCAGGGCUUUUAUGCCUGGCUGGCGAGGGCGGGGAGCAGCGGCCGCGCUGGGGGCACGUGGCUCAUGGCGGCCAAUUCCCGGCCUCCUCCCUGCGUGGUGCGGGGCUGUUUUGCUGAUGCCGUUUGCUCACCAGCCCCAACCCGCUCUAUCAGCCCCAGCAAUUACCCUGCUUGGUCGCUUGACAGCUGCCACCUCAUGGGUCAGAUUGUUCCCUCUGGCUUUUCAUUAUCUCCGUGUGUUAGAGGGCACGCAGCGUGACAAAGGCUGACUGCAAGUGCCAUGCGUGCCAUGGCUCUUCCUCACGGGCUUGAUCUCAGAGUGGCCUCAGGCCUUCAUUGCAGAGCCACAGGGCAUAUGAGGGCGCUGAGCAAGAAUUUGCCUUGUCAAGGCCUCCCGCACGCCAGUGACAGUGUGAUGUGUUCCCAGCGUCCAUUAUCUGCAGAAGCGUGAGGUUACGAAAUGUCAAAUCAAAGGCAUUCCUGUGGGGAUCUGCCUGCUCAGCACUGCGUAUCGCUGCCUGCUAAGAGCAAGGGAGCGGGCUCCCAUAUGCCUGCAGGCACUGGCCAUUGACCUCUGCCAAUGCCGGCCAACAAGAGUCCUCAUGCUCUUCUUUCCUGAGGGGAUGCUGACUCAGGGAGGGGCAGGAGCCAGACAGCCCCGUCAUCAUAGGACAGAAGGUGUUUCCAACUCUGCAGAUUGGCCCAGGCAAUGCUGAGCCAUGGCAAGGCUGGUAUAAAAGCCGUGCCUCUGCCAGUCUCUCCCAACCACCACUCUGGUCACCUUCUCCUCGAGGAACAGGAGCACCAUCCCAUCGCACACCAAGAUGUCUUGCUACGACCUGUGCCCACCAAGAACCGGCGUGGCCGUCCCCCAGCCCAUCGCUGAGAGCUGCAACGAGCUGUGCGCCCGCCAGUGUCCCGACUCUUCAGCCUUCAUCCAGCCACCGCCUGUGGUUGUCACCUUCCCCGGCCCCAUCCUCAGCUCCUUCCCCCAGCAAGCCGUGGUGGGCUCCUCCGGAGCACCCGCCUUUGGAGGCAACCUGGGGCUGGGAGGCCUCUACGGUGCCGGGGCCACUCAGGCCUCGGGGGGUCUCUGCACCUUUGGCAGACCCUACGCUCCUGCCGCCUGCAGCCCUCUGGCUCUGCCCCGCUACAGCCAGAGGCUGUGGGACACCCGUGGCUCCUGCUAGAGCCAGGUCAACUGCACCAGGCCCAUUCUGGGGUGAGGUGGCAUGCAUGGGCUACUGAGGAGUGCUGAGCAUCCUCAUCCCUAGCCAAGGCCUUGGUAGCUGCCAGUGUCGCACGCCCUCCCCUCAUCCCUGCCCUCUUCUGCUCUCUGUUCUCCUCCCGUUUCCUCUCUCUUCU